AGUGGAGCUCAUCUUUGACCUCGACGACCUGUUGUUGACUUUUUUGUCCGACAAUUUAUUACAAGUUACAAGAUGAUUGAUGUCUCUCAAUGGAGAGCAAAUAUUGGAUUGUGGAACUACUGUCAAGGUACCUCCAGUAAACCAGCUAAUGGCCGCCCGGUAGGACAUCAAAGCAAGUCAGAUAGAUCUAGCACUAAAACAAAACAGAAGCCUUCUUUGGUUUUAUCAUUCAUGGUUCUCCUUAUUUUUGUCUCUAUCCUCUGCUCUGGUUAUCUCAAAUUUGAUUACAAACCUCAUCUCAAAGGCGUUUUUACUCAUUGUUACUGGUCUAAAGUACAGUGUACUAAUACUGACAGCAGCUACCUACUUCAGUCUAUACUUCCUGGGUCUGAUGUUAGCAGUUCUGAUGUUUUCUAUAGUCUAGUGUAUUUGAUAAACCUACUCCUCUUAUCAGGAGAUGUUGAACUUAAUCCUGGUCCUUUAACAGUAAAGGGGCUUAAUAUGGCAGCAGUUUUACAGAUAUUUGAAUCUUCUGCUCAUGAAUACAUGCUAAUAGGGGUUGGAUUGAAAGUGAAGGUUAGUGACCUGAUGCCAACACCAGGAGCAGAACAAAAAAAUCUUAAUACUGUAUUCCAGAGGUGGUUUGAUUCUAAUAAAAAUGUCAGUUGGGAAACAUUAAUGAAUCUUUGUGAUGACUUUCCUGAUCAACUGGGCAAAGCAAAAGAUAACCUACAAGCAUAUGUAGUAAAGAAGCCUACUAUGUCAGCAGUUUUACAAAUAUUUGAUUCUUUUGCUAAUCAUUACCGGCUAAUAGGGGUUGGAUUGAAAGUGAAGGUUACUGACCUGAUGCCAAUACCAGGAACAGCACAAAAAAAUCUUAAUACUGUAUUCCAGAGGUGGUUUGAUUCUGAUAAAAAUGUCAGUUGGGAAACAUUAAUGAAUCUUUGUGAUGAAUUUCCUGAUCAACUGGGCAAAGCAAAAGACAACGUACAAGCAUAUGUAGGAUAUGCUAAUACUUACAGUAAGACUCUUCCUCCUGCUAGUGUUGAUAGUUCUAAACAAGAAUUGAAGACAAUGGCUGAAGAGAUUAAGAAACCUAAAGCUCAAACAUCUGACAGAAAUGAGCAGAUAAAAGAAGCGGCUCAGGAAGAUGCUAUGACUCAUGAUAUUAGGAAACAUAAGAUGUUUAUACAGCAUUCACUACAGGACAUUGUUAAAGAAUGGAAAACACUUGGAGACCUUCUAGGCAUAGAAAAACGUGAUUUAGAUCAAAUAGAAUGUGAACAUGGUGCUGCUAAUCUGUGCAGAAUCAAUAUGAUUACCCGCUGGUUGCAAAAAGAUUCAGCUAAUCUUGAGUCAUUAAUAGAAGCACUUGAAGUAUUGGGCCAGAACCGUAUUAUAGCUACUUUGAAGAAACCAGAAAAUUGGCACUAACUGAACAAGAUUAUACUUUUAUUUUAUUUUUAUUCUUUUAUAAUUACUAUUAGUUGCAUGUAUGAGUGGGUUAUUUUUAGUCUAUACCCACUAGUUUGUGUUUAAUGAUUCAUAAUUAUUGAAGUAGCAAGUAAUUAAUUUUAACAACCAAUCAACCUAUGAUCAAUCAA